UCCUCUAGAAUUCCUUCACAAUACAAAACCGUUAACUUUCCGAUUUGAUCUGAAAACAGUUUCAUCCACCGUGGCGCCGUCGGGGUCGCAAGCACUCUCUCGCAGAAAACCAUCUAACCCGUCAAGUCCAGGUGCGAGCAGAGAAGAUCGAAAAGAACAUUCUAGAAAGAGUACGCUGGUCGAUUAUCCAUUUUGGCAGCAGAAUUGGUUCAUCGGAUUGUUAUUCCUGAUGGCGAUUGGAUUCUUAGGUUUUGGUCUCUUCUUCUUCCUCACUCUCGGUUUCGAUCAAGGCUCUCAUUCCUCCGCCUCCGCUGCCUCCUCCUCCUCCUCCCAAAACGUCGAGAUUACUUAUGGGACGGUUCUAAAGCUAAUGCACGAGAAAACUAAAGUUAGGUUGCAUUCACACGAGGUGCCGUACGGUUCUGGAAGUGGACAGCAAUCCGUUACCGGCUUUCCUAGUGUAGAUGACUCCAACAGCUACUGGAUUGUUAGGCCUGAACCUGAUACAUCUGCUAAACAAGGAGAUACCAUUCCUGAUGGGGCAAUUAUUAGGUUGCUACACAUGAGGACUAGAAAGUGGUUGCAUAGCCAUCUGUAUGCCUCUCCGAUAUCAGGAAACCUAGAGGUUAGCUGCUUUGAAGGAGAGUCUGAAUCCGAUACUGGUGAUUACUGGAGGCUUGUUAUUGAGGGAAAUGGGAAGACAUGGAAGCAAGAUCAAAGGAUUCGGCUUCUACAUAUCGACUCCAGUGGUUACCUGCAUAGUCAUGACAAGAAAUACUCCAGAAUUGCUGGUGGACAGCAAGAGGUUUGUGGUGUUCGAGAAAAGCGUGCCGGUAAUGUAUGGUUGGCCGCAGAAGGUGUGUAUCUCCCCAUUACUGAAAGCAAGUAGUCUAUAUAUCUGUAAAAGCAGGUGCAUGGGUUUUGGAUUUUUAGGUGGCUGGUGCCUGCUUAUUUAGUACCUUGCCAAACAAUUUUCUUUACUAAUACACUACAAUGCUGCUUACGCGACUUCAGAUUAUAUGUAUUGAGUAAUUUUUUUUCAUUAUAAAGCAAUUAAAUUUCCUCUUU